GUGCGCGCACGUACUUAAAAUAUGACCGAGUGAGCUAGCUAGGUAAGGAAAAUCAAUUAAAAAAAUGGACAAAACCUACUGGGAAAGAAACAUGAGGAAAGACAGGCAAAGUAUUGUGUUAGCGAAUUAAUUAUAAAUCAGAACGGGUCGUUGUCAUAGGAACAGUGAAAAGAAUUCGCCCCCUGCCAAAAACUGAACAGACGCCAUUUCCUGUACCAGACAGACAACAAACGCUCCUACGCGAUAAAAGCUGCAGACUCAGUGUCACCCACUGCUGCAGCUAUCCGCGAGCGGAAACAGCAUUUAAGAAACGUACAAGUAAAGGAACAUAUCGUAGCCAGCUCAACUUCAGCUGUUCAUUAUUUGCAAUGUAUAUCAAAUUCUGUCGGACUUACGACAACGGGGACGACAACACUAAAUGGCCAGACCAAUCAAAGAAACUGCAAGGGACAGACCUUUGCAGGAGAGUUCAAGUGUACCGAGGAUUGUCCGUGAUUCUCUCCAUCCUCGCACUAAUCCUUGCGGCCGCAGUGAUCUUUCUCAGUGUCAAACUGCAGACUCGGGCUGUUUGUUUGGAGAAGGAGACAGCGACUCAAGAUGUUAAGGUCCUGCCUCCACAAACAUGCAGUGCUGAGAAGUGCAGAGCAAUGUAUCCACAGGAACAAACUCAAGUUCGUGCGUGCUUUGCAUGUGAUCCAGGCUGGCAGCAGUUUGAAGACUCCUGUUUUUACCUAUCACGGGAACAUCGUACCUGGAUUGGCAGUAGGGAGGUGUGCAGGCAGAGAGCUGGAGAUCUGGCUGUCAUAGACAACGGAAGAGUGCAGGAGUUUCUGACCAAGAAAGGGAACCUGAUGUACUGGAUCGGCCUGAGCUGGGAUGGAACCAGAGGAUGGGUCUGGGUCAACAAUGCCACAGUGGGAGAAAGUUACUGGUCCAACAGCAGAGAAGUGGGGGACUGUGGAUUUCUGACCGGGAGAGAAGACCACAGGAGCAGCUGGAGCCAGUCUCCGUGUACAUACAACGCUGCCUACAUCUGUCAGAAAGAUGCGAAACAGGUGGCCGUCGCGUAACGACCCGCUGGUCUCAGUUACUACUACCACCUCUUGGUCAUUCAUGUCUUUCCAAUCAUUUAAAAACAUAAUGCAUGCAGCUACAAUGUUAAAUCAAAUGGAGGGGGGAAAAGAGGUUUUAACUAAAUGUAGUCACACUUAAAAUGCUAAUUAUCAGCCGCAUGGUAGUAGUAGUAGCUUGAGCUGGAAAAGUGGCUUGAAAAAAAUGGAUGGAUUAACUUCCACAGAGGCAUUGGCGAUACUGCAUUAUUAUUCAUUGUAAACUGCUGGGAAUGUAGAGAACUACUGGCGUUUUUUUUGCACUAAACAAUGAGCAUUAACUUCCACAUUUCAUACAUAUCUUUCUGUUGAAGCAUUGAAAAGUGAAAUUUUUGCACUAAACCACAAUUAACAUCCAUAUUCAAUAUGUUUCAUUCUAUUAAAGGCAUUAAAAAAAGUA